AUGGCGAGCGCCUCGGACGUGGCCGACGGCCGGUGCCACUUCCACGAGCCCUACGGGGACACCCACAGCUGGGUCCUGCUGGACGAGACGCUCAUAGCCGCGGACGGCGGCUCGUUCCGCUUCGCCGUCUUCUCUGCCGACGGCACGCCCGCGAAGCUCAGCUUCGCGUGCUGCGAUUGGCCGGAGGACUUCACCACGGCUUAUGCUAUGCCAGACGCCGAGUGCCCGUUCUGUGGCACGAUGGCGAACUUCUCCUCGUAUUCGUCGCACUUCUACGAGGCAAAGGAUAUGGCCGAGUACGGCGGCUUCCCAGCCGCUGGAAGCUGCGGCGCGAUCGGCGACAGUUUUGGGGGGCCGAGCGCGACGCAGUGCCCGCCAGCCCAGGUUGCCGAGGACUGGGAGCAGCAGCCCCAGAGUUGCAUCCUCGGCUGCACGGGCGAGGAGUGCCACUCCCACAACAUCUUCGGCGACUCACAUACCCUGUGCAGUGGGUCACCCCCAGACCGCACAUCAACGAUUACAAUGUUACCUCCCUGGCAAUAUUCAGAGGUUCGGCCUUGUACUUCACGUCCGCUGGGGACACGUGGCCCCACAAUCUGGUGCAGAUGGCGUCGGCAUCCAAACUGGAGCAGUGCGACUUCUCGGAGAGCACUCAGAUCCUCUCUGUCGGCGAAGUGCUCUCCGGCACAGCUGUGA